AUGGCAGAUACAACAGAAGAUGAGCAAGAAACACCGCUGCCGCCGCGAUCAUAUUACAUGAUGUUUUUAACAACUAUGAGCAAAAGGAGAACAUGGGUAUGUCUAUUUGUGUUAGUUUAUGCUAUCCUUUUAACUUCUUUAUGGAAUUUCCUCAAAUCCAUACUGUCUUGGUAUGAAUUGCAAGCCCAACCUUCUGCCUCAUCAUAUGGGUGGCCUGCCCUUUAUGCCUCGGUGCUUCUUGGGGCAGUUUUUGGGCUGCUUUCCAUGUUUGCAGCUCUUGCAGUCGUGGUGCCUGCCACUUUGGUCACAUGGAUCACUAUUGUGGUCAUGCUGGCCUUCUUUGGGAAGCCUAGGAGUACUUUGGUUGUGGAGGGGAGGAAGAUUACAAGAGAGAUUUUCGGGAUUGUGAUCAGGAUUUUGUUGAAGGAAGGCAAUUUGGUGGCUGCUGCUUGUGCUGUUUUGGGGUAUUUUGCGCUUUUUAGGAGGAGUUCCGAGGUGAUCGAAUGA